UUCAUCUCAAGAUGUUUUGGUUUAUCCAUUUUCUCCUCCACUUCUGUUUUUUGGGAUCACUUUACUCCGGAUCCCAAGCUUGGGAAGUCAAAAUGCCGAGGCAUAUUAAAGGAUUGUUGGGUUCCUGCCUCGUUAUUCCUUGCAGCUUUGACUAUUAUAGAGAGAGACUCACAAGUUGUGGAGUGCACUGCUCAUCACCCAGGUGGUAAAAGAGCAAAAAGUUCUGAAAUCCUAAAUGCAGAAUGCUUCUUUUUACCAUUAACUAUCAGCCCUAUAUCAAAUGAAUAUCUUGAAGGAUCUCCAAGCACUGUAAAAUGUACAGCUUCAUACAUUUGCUCCAACAAUGUACCAACUUUCACAUGGAACUAUGCUAACAUGCCAGCUACCACUGACAAAGUCUCAGGGCACCCUAUGCAGACAAUUGUUUCCACAUUGACGUUCACAUCAUCAGCCAAAGACCAUGGAAAUUAUCUGACAUGUUUUGCGAAUUUUACUAGAGGACAGACCCUAGAGAAGAGCAUCCCUAUAUUGGUAAAAAGAAACAUGCUCAAUCUGGAUUGGUCUUUCACAACUCCAAGAAGCGUAACAGGAUUAAAAGGGUCAUGUAUCAUCAUUCCUUGCAAGUUUACCUACAGUAAAACCCAGCCAGAUGGCCUCCAAGUUUCAUGGUACUUGUACCAGAGUAAUGGACGCCCAUUUGUAUUCAGCCAAAAAGAAACAAAUAUUUUAAGCAGAUAUCACGGGAUAACAAGCUUAACUGGCCCUGUGACAGAGACGAAUUGUAGUCUCAAAAUAGACAGGCUGGAGAUGUCCCACAACCAAGACCAACUUUAUCCAUGGGUUGAUAAGAACCCAAUCACCUCCUACCAUUCACAGGGAUACUCAUUUCUGGAUAAAAGCACUCAAAUUUUGGUUUUAGAUCAUGCACCAGAACCACAAAUGAGCAUCAUUGAUGUCCCUAGGGUGGGGAAUCAAAGCAGAAUUGCCUGUAAAGUGCAACAUAGAUGUUUUUCUGCUCGGCCUAAGCUGUCUCUGAGGGGUAUACCUGGAACAGACCGCUUCAUUGACUCCCUGGUGUCAGAUGGCAUCUGGGAAAGAACAAUAGAACGAACAUGGAAAGUAGAAGAAAGCCACAACCAGGUGGAGUGCACUGUGAGAUAUUCUGGUGGACAAAGUGCCAAAAGUGAGCUCCUGCUGCAUGUUGAAUGUCCAUAUGAAGAAAUCAAAAUGGUAGAACCACCAGGAGAGAUGACAGAGGGUGUGGCAAAGAGUAUAAUUUGUUCUGUGUCCUACAAGUGCAAGACAAAUCAACCAACAAUUAAAUGGAACUAUUCAGACAUGCAGAAUUUAGUAAAGCACCAAAAAAUAUCCAGUAGUACCUACACCACUGAGUCCAAUCUAACAUUCAUUGGAUCUUUGGGACACAAUGGAAAACCUCUGACCUGCAUUGCCCAGUUUGUUGUUGGAGAAACCUCAGAUUCCUCAGUUCUUCAAAUAAAAAAAUACGAGGAACCAGUUGGAGAAGAACUGAAUGAAAAAGAUACUUUCCGUGUCCUGGCUGCUGAUGUCCCUUUCAGAUUCAGUGCCCUGACUCGGUCCUGCGUGGUAAUCCCCUGCAGUUUCCAAGACAAUGAGGAUGAACUCAUGACCCGUGGUAUCUGGUACAAAAAAACUGGGGGCUUAGUGUACCACAACGCCCGGACAAAUGUUUUGGACCACUUUAAGGAUCGAACCAGAAUUAUGGGAAACCUGAAUGAAGGAGACUGCUCCCUAGAGGUUGAUGAUAUAAAACCCUUUGACAAUGGGCCUUUCUGUUUCUAUGCAGAGAAAGGACAAAACAAAUACAGAUUUAACAACAGCUGUGUUUUUAUUGUCAUGAAAGCUUCUCCAGACAAACCAGUGAUGAGCUCAGUUCCAGCUGAAGUGAAUGCUGGUUCAUCCGUAACUGUCUCCUGUUCUGUCAGUCACACAUGUUCAUCACACCCUCCAGAGUUUUCAUGGAGCGUUCCUUUUAUCAACAAUGAGCUUUCAGACACUUUGUUAUCACGAGGUGUCUGGAAGAGGACGUCCACCAUCACUUUUGUGGUUGCUGGAGGAGAUGGACUGAAAAACCUUACCUGUACCGCCGUCUUCUGGCGCGAAAAGAAACAAGGCAGCACGGUCACAUUGAUUGUACAGGGAACUCUGAAGCACCAGAUGGAGAAAUCUGUUCCUGUGGUUAUUCCUGUCUCGCUGUUAGUUGUGAUUCUGUUAACUGUUGUGUUUGGCAUUUUCUUCUGGAGGAAAAGGAAAAACACAGAUGGUCUUAGACCACCGCCCCGACCAGAGAAACGGAGAUCAAUUUGGAGCCGGUUUUCUCGAAGAACAGAGGAAGAUCGAGUAGGAUGGCGAAAUGCGAGGAAGUCAUUCUGGAAUAGAUUUUCAAGACGCCAAAACAACCUGGCUGACCUUAGUGUUAGUUAUCUAAACAACACAGAAAUGGUUGCCUGUAACAAACACUUCACCAAACAGAGUUUUCCAUCACCGAAACGUAACCAAAGGCGACCUGCUCCCCCAACACCUGAGGACAGUUAUGUGUAUGGCAACAUUUGAAUGAAACAGAUUGAGCAUCAUCUUGGAUAAGCCUUCUGUUCUUCUGCUGUCAAGUUUCUAUUCAUAGUUCACAUUUAUAAUCAUCUGUCAUUUUUUUUUCUGCUUUUCAGUUAAAUGGCAAAUUUAAACUUUUCCUUUGAGGAAGAAAUAAACAUUAUUGAAUCA